GCUAUUAAAGAUUUAUCAGGAUCUACCUCACGAGAUAUUUCGCUAUUAUUGCCUGAAAAUCUACUCGUGGAGCACUUGAUCGACUUUAUCCCUACUCUCUUUGUGUCUACGUCUCAUUUGCCUCCAUGUGGAAUGACGUGGGAUGCGACUGUGGAGGGCAACGAGGGACCCGCAAGGCACCAGCAAAAGGGACUUGCACUGCCACAAUCUGACAGGACUCCUCAGCACGUCUCAACUGGAAGACUGAACUGAACUGAACUGAACUGAACUGCACUGAACAAGAUUGCGAUUGGCAUAGUGCACCAGCUGCACCGCCACAGCCCAGGAGAGAAAACCUAAACAUUUCACAUGUGGGGCUUAGCGCAUCUUUUUCCGCGCCCAAAAGGAUUCGGCCAUUCACGGUGGGUUCACUAUGCUGGAAACUGUUGCUCUGCCCUUGCUUUUGCUGCAAGCACGUUGAGCAGUCCUUGGUGCGCAGGAUGCAUUCCAGCAUCAAGCCAUAUAGCUAUUUGGCUUUGCGCCUUCCGUCAGAAACACUGAAGAUUGUCCAGUUGGUCCCAAAUGCGGUCAUUUCCAUUGGAAAAUAUGGAACUUUCCAAGCAAACCAUCUGCUUGGAAGACCUUACAAUCUCACCUAUGAGAUUGUCGACGAUAUAAAAAGCCAACAGCAUGGUGGCCUUCGAGUUGUACCUGCGUCCGAGCUUCACGCCGAAGUGCUUGCCGAUGGCACCGCAACGCCCACAGUCGAGGGAGAAGAAGACCGACCGGAAACGGGAGAGGAAUACGAAGUGGUGGGAGAAGAUGGAGAGGUCAUAAUGCGGACCAAUCGGCAGACGAUUGACGAUCCUACAAGCCAAAAGAUGACUUUUGAAGAAAUCGAGGCGCUGAAAAAGGAAGGAUCCGGCGCUGGCAAGGAUCUCAUUGCCAAGCUGCUCUCGUCGCAUUCUGCCAUUGAUCAAAAGACGGCAUUCUCCCUGGCCAAAUACACGCUGCGCAAGACAAGAAAAUACGCGCGCCGCUUUACAGUGCUACCACUCGACAUCCCGCUCUUUACAGAAUGGCUCUUGGCGGAAAAGGAACCGAUGCGCAGCUUGGACUUGCGUGAUGAAUUGAUCGGACUGAUCGGCAGCUGGGCCAAUAUCCGCUGCAGCGCUUCUGAGCCGCAAGUCCUCGAGGACGGCAUCAGCAAGGUCGGCGGCGGAAGAUGGUUAGUCGUUGAUGAGACAGGAGGACUUAUCGUCGCCGCCAUGGCAGAACGAUUAGGCAUAUUAUAUCCACCGGAGGAGGAUGACUCGGACUCGGAUUCGGAAUCUGAAGAACCUGAGAAUCCUGCUCCCACCACCACUGCCGCUGCUACUGGCAACUCUGCUUCCACCACCGCUACCCAGGAGGCAAUAAAUGACGACGUUGACAUGACCGCUCCUGAACCCGCAGAAGCUCCGUCUGCUUCUGCACCCGCCUCUGCUCCAGCUCCUUCCCGCCAACCUCACCACCACCAUCACCAUCAUCCAGUCCCCCAGUCCGCGACGCGAAAUACUCUCACCCUCCUACACGCCAAUGCACAACCGAAUCUCUCCCUCCUGAAAUACUUUCUCUUCGACGCAUCCACGCCAUCCCCUUCUCAUCCACUCCACGACCACCUCAAGAUGCUCUCAUGGCUACAACUCCUCUCGCCCGAAGACGACAACGGGUACACCGAACCCGAGCGCGUCCCCGACGACAUCAUCAAGACCUGGAAAUCCGGCAAACGGGGCACAUAUUUCCGCAAACGGCGCCGAUGGGAGCGCAUCAGGGCCGUCGUCGACGAGACCCGCGCCGGCGGAUUCGACGGCCUUAUCGUCGCGAGCGUCAUGAAUCCUGUAACGAUACUACAGCACACUCUUCCUCUCCUCCGUGGCGCCGCUCAGGUCGUGGUAUAUUCGCCCACGGUCGAACCCUUGACUGAGCUCGCCGAUUGCUUCUCGACUGCCAGACGGACUGCCUUUGUCACCAUGCAAGCGGAAGCCACGAUGGACGACCAAAGUAUAUCCAAAGACGAUUUCCCCAUAAACCCUACCCUCUUGCUCGCCCCCUCGAUCCAGACUUCCCGCGUCAGAGAAUAUCAAGUCCUCCCCGGCAGAACACAUCCGCUCAUGACGAGCCGCGGUAACUCUGAGGGCUACGUGUUUACCGGAACCCGCGUGUUGCCUGCAGAAGGCAAAGUCGAGGCAAGAGGAAAGAAUAAGCGCAGAAAGUUGGUCGGGGAGCGGUCAUCUGAGACCCCCGCUUAGGAUGCCGUUCUUUUUCCAAUAUCUAGGUUUAAUUUACCCCAUCUUUUGCUCUUCACAGUUGCAUUGUACAAAAAAAGUCGAUCUACCACGGAGUUUUGUCACUUCUUUUCUCUUACUUCUUUAACACCCUCUAUACAAUGGUGCAUAUAUCUCUUUUCAAGACAGGGGA